AUGGAUGAGGUCAGAAGCUUCAGUUUAGAGCUGAAAACACUUUUAUCAAGUUCGUUGCCAAUGACGAAAACAAAGAUGACAUCCAUUGCUGGUGCUGCUAUUCGAGCGAGCAAAUUCUAUAAACAUGUCGUUAAACUGGUCGAAGAGUUCAUUCUCAGGUGCACAUCAAGAUUUAAGCUUCCUGGAUUGUUUAUCGUAGAUGCGAUUUUGCGUCAGUCAAGGCUUAGUAGUCUUGAUAGGGACCUGUAUGGUCCUCGAUUUAUGCGAAAUAUUGAUACAGUAUUUUCUGCGCUCUCCCAAUGUUUGCCUGAAGACAAGUCGAUGGUCUCACGAAUACUCCAAUUAUGGAGGGAGAAAUGCGUCUAUCCGGGGGAUCUUAUUACAGUUUUGCAAGAUUUGGUUAAUGACCCCGACAGUCCUGAACUUCAUGCAUCCGCACGGAAGAUAAUCUCGAAAUCACUUUCUGAAUAUGAAUCAAGGCGAGGUAAGGGAUCCCGCAUACCCCAAGAUAGUGAGGAGUACCUGCAAAAAGCUAUUCAGUGGGUGCAACGGAAGAUCCAGGAACAACUGGAUUUACUUGGUCGUGGCAAAAUGAUUAGUGCAGAAGUAGUUGCUCAACUCAGUUCUACGCUGUCUCAGCUUCGGUAUCACCCUUCAAUAGAAAAUUCAUACUUUGAUCAGUUGAAGGCCAUCGUGGACACCAUGGCAGAGAAUAGAGCCAUUCAAGAACAGCUGAGCAAGUGUCACGUGAACAGCAUCGGUUCCACGUCCAAGGAACCCCUGUCCAGUCGACAUAAUUCAGUGGAAAAUAAUACAUUAAAUAGUGCACUUCACAACAGUGAAAACCACCACGACCAUCAGAACCAGGCAUCAACAGUUGCAGUUAGUGGUGGCGGUCGAAGAGUGGCGGCUGCUGGCGAACUCAUACCCUCCGAUGAGAGCUCUUUCGAGGAUCGACUGCAAGGUUUGGCUUCCAAUUCCUUUCUGUCAAACCACGUCAAUGUCAGCAACCAUCGACCUCCGCCACCGCUCACCUCUGGUGAUGAGGGCAGCCGUCGGAAACGACGCUCACGGAAUCAGCAGCAUGUAUCUCCUACCUCUCUCAUCUACGACACAAACGCCUCACCUGUUCGGAAGCGCACCAAAACCGAUCGUACAACUUCAUCGGUGUCGUCAUCAUCUUCGAUUUCGCUACGAUUUCGAAGCAAAUCCUCGGAGCAGCCGACAGCACCGGUGGUUCCAAGUACCAGCACAACUACCCCCAUGUCGAACGACCCUGGCGGGACGAUGGAACAAUUUCUCAUCGGCCUCGGUGAGGAUGUAGAGGAGACGGCGAGCCAGCGCGAGCGCCGUCGGCGUCGCGAUGCCCUGCCUUCGCUGCGCGCCAAUUACAUCUCCCUAGUGUCACGCACCAUCUUCAUUGGCCACCUGCAUAAACAGCUGGCGGAGACACGGUUACAGGCGGUGUGCGAGGCAGCGGCGCGUGCCCGCGUUCUCGAAUGCAACCUUAUUCCUCCGCGUGGCUGUGCCUUUAUCACCUUCGAAAGCCGUGCCGCCGCGGCACGCGCUCGUCGUAGCCUCGAUAGAUCGAUGCUGGAGCAGCGCGAGAUGAAGACCGCUUGGGCGGCCAAUCUCGGUGUGCGACGCAGUCAACAGCGUUGUCACGAGGGUUGGAGUGAACGCGAGGGGUGCACAUACCUCCCUCUGGAACAAGUUGAACGCAUGGCUCCCUCCGCCUUUCGCUCUCUCCUUGAAGGCCACGCCCUUGUUGACGCGGAUUCUAUCUCGCCUGAGUUGCGAAAGAAACUUCUCUCUCCAUCCAAGGAUCGUUUAGUCUCGACAAAUUUGGUCAAACCUGUCCUCAUUCCUUCUCGCCCUCAGACAGCCAUUCCUUCACUAGCGCCUCUUUCUACUGCGGCACCACCACCCCCACCACCGCCUUUACCGCCUCCUCCUCCUCCCCCUCCUCCACCGCCGCCGCCACCACCACCACCACCUCUCACGGCGUCGUCGACUGCUCUGGGCGGUGUGGCUCUGUUGCCCCCUCCAUCUGUUACAACGUUGACGAAUACCACUGCAGGCAUCACUGCUGCUCCUGCUGCUGUCCCCAUUGGCGACACCCCCAGCAAACCGCCUCUUCUUCCCUUCGUUUCUGCGGUGUCUACGUCUGCACUUUUGACACAGAACAUCCUCACAAAUGCAGCUUAUACAGUAGCGCAGCCACCGGCUCACCUCCUACCCUGUACCAUGGUGCCUCCGCCAACGAACUCCACUCAGGUGGGCGGUUCCCUUCACCAGCCAUUCGUGUCUCAGCUUUCGGCACCCUAUCUCAGGUUCCCUGCUGCCGACUCCGUGUCACCUUUUCUCCGUUCUCAUGAGCAACAACAGUUGCCGCAGCCGCAGCAUCAUCCACCCCCCACAGGGUCUUGGUUCGGCCCUGAGGGCAAUCCCUCUCCAGGAGUUCACGUAGCCGCAUCUACUUCCUUGCGUUACCAACAUCCACGCUUCAGCAUUGAACAGACAUUCGCUGCUGGUGCAGUACAACCAGUGCCGAUGAACCGAUGGCCUCUUUCCAGACCACCGCCCCCAUCGAGCCUUCGGGCACUACCACCGGCGCUCUCAUGGCAAAGCAGUGGUGGUGGCAGUCAACUAAUAAACGGUUCCGUCCCUCAUAGACAUCUGCCACCUCCGUUUGGCGUCAAUCCGGGUAGAAGCCGACUACCGCCCUAUCGACCUCCACCCUUUCCUCUCCCCCCUCUCUCUCGACAUCCUCGGUAG